AUGAUGUGGAUGUACUUUCAUACCAAAGUGGACGACACUGUGUUGUUCAACUUCUGGAAGGUCAACAGUACUAUUGGUAAGAGAAAAACCAUUACUAGCUUGUAUUUUGGCAAAGGCAGGGCAAAAGUAGGGCAAGGGCUAGGCAAAGCAAAAGCAGGGCAAGGGCAGGGCAAAGGCAGGGCAAAGACAGGGUUAAGGGAGGACAAAGGCAGGACAAAGGCAAGGCAAAAACAGGGCAAAGGCAGGGCAAAAGCAGGGCAAAGGCAGGGCAAAGGCAGGGCAAAAGCAGUAGCUUUAGAAAAAAAGCUACUGUAACAUGUGUAUUUAUGAAUUGAAGUCCUGUAUUUUUUCAGAUAUGGUAGGUACAUGUGCAAUAAUCUUUGUAGCAGCAGUAUUUCUGGAAUUCAUAAAGUACUUGAGAAUUGUGAUUGAACAACGACACCAAGACAAAAUGUAAGGAUUUUUCAUUUUGGUAUUUCUUUUAGGUGAAGUGGAAAAAACUUUAAAAAUUUUUUUUUAUUUUUUUCCCUCCCCCCCCCCUUCCCCCUUCCUUUCUUCGUAAAAGUUCUCCUUCCCCCUCCCCAGUCCUAAUUUACAUAAAAACAAAUUUACUAAAAAAUUUUUAUAUCAUCCCCCCUACCUCUAUUCCCCAAAUUAGCAAUUUGUUAUAUAGUACCCACUGUGCUUUGCUAUUCGAUAUAGCCAACACUUUUUUGUUUUUCAAUUUUAUAAACAAAAAACAGAGAAAGCAACUGGUCGAAUGUUUAUUACAAAAAUAGAGGAUACGGUCAAAAUAUUUAUAAAUGGUUAGUCAGAUAUAAAGUAUAUGUUUUGCUCUUUUGCUUUUUUUGUAAACUAUUAUAUAUUGUGGAGAUGGAAAACAAUUUUUUAAACAAAUCAUAUUCUAAAUAGAUUUCGAAGAAAAAUGUCAAAAAACAAAUUAAAAUUUUAAAAAAUUGAAAUUUAUACCAAGUUUAAAACAUACAUCGUAGUAUCUUAGUUGAUAGAAUAGCAGUAAGGCUAGAGUUAUAAUUAAAGUAAGAGUACAAGCAAGAUCAAGAGCUACAGAUAUAACUGGAGCUGAAGCCAGGCCUAGAGCUAGAGUUAGAGCUAAAGCUAGAGCUAGGACUAAGGCUUUUAUGUCUUAAAAAUUUUUAAACCUAAAGCCAAAAAAAAUUAAAUAUAUGCAAAUUUUCAGAGCCCCAAACACACCAUUUUGCCUACGAUUGUUUAGUCCGUUUCACUUUUUACACACCGUACUAUUCAGUAUUCAAAUUGUACUCAGUUACUUGCUCAUGUUAGUAUUCAUGACAUUUUCAAUUUGGCUUGGACUAGCCAUAGCUGUUGGAGCUGGUGUUGGCUACUUUAUUUUUGGUGCUAGACCAACAGGACAGUCUAGCAGUGAGGCUGUUCUGAUUGGUCAUUCUACUCAUAAUUAG